AGCCCAACUCAGGGUUACCACACUGCUCACCUGUGAAGCAAUCUUCCCGCGAGAGCUGACUAUCCGGCCAGGGGCUGCCUAUAAAUGUUGGACACACGGGGUGCUGUCAAACCCCGUUGUGUGGCUCCUUGGCAGACAAGAGUGCAGGAAGAUGGCGGACCAGCUGUCACAGAUGGAAUGCAGCAUUGAGACCAUCAUCAACAUCUUCCACCAGUACUCUGUGCGGCUGCCGCACCCGGACAAACUCAACCAUAAGGAAAUGAAACAGCUGGUGAAAAAAGAGCUGCCGAACUUCCUCAAGCCACAGAAGCAGAAGAAGAAUGACAAUGCCAUAAACAAGAUCAUGGAGGACCUGGACACAAAUGGAGACAAGGAGCUGGACUUCGAGGAGUUCUCCAUCCUGGUGGGCAGGCUGACGGUAGCCUCCCAUGAGGAAAUGCAUAAGAAUGCCCCUGAAGGAGAAGGCCACAGCCAUGGGCCAGGCUUUGGGGAAAGUGGCCAGAGCCACUGCCAUAGCCAUGGUGGCCACGGCCAUAGCCAUGGUGGCCAUGGCCACAGCCACUAAACAGGAGGCCAGGACACCCUUCCCCACCCAACUAGGAUCACAGGGUGGCCAUGCCAAACUGCCUUAGCUGGGGGACUGGGAACAGGGAGCAAAAUAAAGUCUUCCUCCAAGCCA